CGCCGAUCAGACGAUCACACUGCCACAUAACGACGCUAAGGCUAAAGACAGAGAGAUCGCAACGAGCGAUGGCACCGAUGAUGACCGUGCCGCCGAUCCCCGGCAGGCCGGCAAGAUCGUUGGCCGGGCACGUGCGGUCAGCGAGCGUGCCGUGCCACUCGCACCCGCUGCUGAUGCACGUCGAUGACCAGCUCCUCGCGCUGCGCUCGUGGACGUCCAACCCAGGCCAGAACCCGCUGUCGCUGGCCCACGUCAGGGCGCUCCUCUGCGUGCUCGACGAGCUCCUGCACCUGCCUCUUGCGCAGGGAGCUCUCGUGCGCGGCGCUGCCGCCUGCACGGAUAGCCUUCUCGACGGCUUCCUCGUCCUUGCCGACGCCUUCGGCUCCUUCCUCGCCGCGCUCCUCGCGCUCAGGCAGCACGCCUCCGAUCUGCGGGCUGCCGUGCGGAGGCGCGACCCAGAAAAGCUCGCGUCCGCCGCGCGCGCGCAGAGGCAGGUCGGGAAGGAGCUCGAACAGCUCGCCGCCGCCGUGGCGCGCGAGGCCGCCAGGUGCGCGCGGGCCAGUCUGGUGUCGUGCAGCGCGUCCGCUGAGCCCGAGAUCGUGAGUACGGUGGCCGAGGCCAUCAAUGACACUGCGGUGGCGUCGGCGUCCGUCUUCCUGGAGGUCUGCGCCGUCGCCGACGCCGCGGCAGCAGUGGCAGCGUCGCCGUCCUCCUCGUCCAAGAAGCAGAGGCUGGCGUUGGUGAACGCUUCGUCCAGGAGCAAGAGGCUUGCCAGUGAGGAGCAGAGAGAGGCGGUGGCGCUGGAGAAGCUGCAGGAGCUGGAGCUGUGCAUCGGAGAGUUGGAGAGCGAGAGUGAGAAGGUGUUUAGGAGUCUAGUGCAGACCAGGGUUUCCCUCCUCAACGUUCACACGCCAACAUUUUAAUUAUAUUAGACGUGGUGGUGAUUAUAUUGGUGAAGUUGCAUAAUUAAGAGACUAGUCUUCAGGCUGUGAUCAAUAUUCAUGAGCCAAAGUGAUAUGUUGGUGUAUGUGAUUGCCGCAAUGAGACAAU